AUGCAGAACCUGAUGGAUGACAAAAGCUACUGUAACCUCAUCUGUGCUGAGACUCAGCGUGUGCAGGUGGCCAGGCCUUUCUGUGCUGACCCACUGGUCACCUUUCACGUGUACCCAGAAACCCCAAACCAGGCCACUUGCUCUGAAGAUUUCUCAUUCCUUCCUUUCAUGUCUGAGCACCUCCUCGCAAAGAACUUCUACAGUGAGCCCUGCAGCUUUCCUUACCAAAUGCCCCAUGCCAGUUUCCACAGAAAUGACUACUCCUAUGGGCCAGCUUUCAUCAGAAAGAGGAAUGAGAGGGAGAGGCAGAGAGUUAAGUGUGUCAAUGAAGGCUAUGCUAAGCUGAGGCAUCACCUGCCGAAGGAAUACUUAGAGAAACGGCUCAGCAAAGUAGAGACACUCCGUGCUGCAAUAAAAUACAUUAGGUACCUACAGUCUGUUCUGUACAGUGAUUCUGUGAUGGCAGGAAAAAGUGUUGUGGAGCCAAGCCAAGCACCCAAAGCAAUUAACAAACAAAACCAGUUUUUGAAGACCAUCUAA